UCCGCCAGCGACGCACUCGCAAUCACACUCACAAACCGCAGGCGAAGAAGUAACCAUGGCGUAAACAAGUGCGUACCUAUAAAAGCACGUCGAUCAGUAUGUUUUUAUUCACAACCUGACUGUUUGUGACUGCUACUUUUAAUUCUGUAGUAACAAAUGAUUAAAGUAUCGGUUGAUGAGCCCGGUCGCCGUUGAGUUGAGCCACUGAAUGGCGAAGAGAAGAGCGAGACUAAGCGGCUAAGCUGAAGCUGCGCUUCCUACAUGAUACGACGUCAGUGUAUUUACGUUCAUAUCUGCGGCUAAAUAAACGUGCCGUACUAAGUAGAAGGCGGAUUUGGGCAUACAACUCGAUUUAAUCAAGGAUACGACCGGUUAGCAGAGUGUAAAUCAACGUAAACUGAAGCGCUGCUGCGUGUUAGCUGGGCCAAAUAAUCACACUUUGAGACUGUUCUGACAGAUAAAUAUGGCCACAGGCUCUAGUUUCUCGAACGGAUCGAGAAACGGACCGUCGUUCACAGCAUCAACACCGUCAUCUUCCACAUCAGGAGUACCGGGACAGGCUCAGCCCAUGGUUGCGGUUUGGGAAUGGCUGGAUGAUCUGGGUUUAUGGAGGCCCUACACCGGACAGGUGAGCUGCUAUAUCGAGCGUUGUCUCCAGCAUCAGCAGCAGAGAGGAGCAUCUACAGCCAGCAGCAGCAUCUCUCUGGGACAGGCAGACCCCAGCCUGGCCGCGUACAUCAUAGACAUCCCCAACCUCCAGCAGUUCAGACAGGACACGGGAAAGAUGCGCUCCGUCCGCCGAAGCCUCUUCCCACAGUCCUCAGCACUGGGCAGUGGUGUUCUCUGGGAAUGGGCCAAUGAUGAAGGAGGAUGGACGGCGUACGAGAUACGAACAUCCAUUUUACUGGAGCACAGCUACCAGGCGGGUCAGGGAACAGCUGACCUGAGCUCGCACGGCUACAACUACAUCGUGGACCUCACCGCUCUAGAGCAGGUCAACAAGACGUCCAGUUACAGACGGCGCGUCAGGCGGCAGGGCAGCGUGCCGUACCCUCUCGCUUCAGGGUCGGUUAUUCAUUCGGGCCCGGCCUGUACCUGUCACCAGUGCGUGAGCAAUAGCAGCGCUGCUGGACCCAUGACGAGCCGAUCGCGGCACUCCUUCUCUGCCGGCCAGAUCAACCGGCCCAACAUACAGACCCAACACGGAAGACUUCCUGGAAGCAGCCCCUCUUCAGUCUAUUCGCCCUACCCUAGGAGACCUCUCUCAGUGGGGAAUCUGGUAUGGAACGCUCCGUGGCACGCCUCGACAUCUAUGGUACACGCUCCAGGACCCCCACAGGGUUUUGGACAUCAUACAAAUGGCUUAAGUGUUCCUACCGUUCCUCUGCAGCUGAACGGAUCCAGCAGCGUGAGCGCUGCCCUGGCAGGCAUGGCUUCCAUUUUGAUGUCAGCCGCAGGACUGGGAGUUCGCUUCAUGACAGCCCCCUUCUCCCAGCGUGGCUCCAGCAAUCCCACCAAAGCUCAGCCCAGCUCCGUUAAGAGGGCAAAGAGGCAGUCCAGGACAGCUCCGUCUCAGAAACCAGAAGAAGUCAUUAAGAAAUAUAUGGAGAAUGUGCCUCAUGUCCCGGAUGAGGACUGUAUUAUUUGUAUGGAACGCUUGUCUUGUCCGUCUGGUUAUGAGAUCCCUGUCGAGUGUUCUCCGUCUCUUCAGCCCAACACCGUGGGAAAGUUUAUGAAGUGUGCUCACACCUUUCACAUGCUCUGCAUGCUGGCCAUGUACAACAACGGUACCAAGGACGGAAGUUUGCAGUGCCCCUCGUGCAAGACAAUCUACGGUGAGAAGACCGGGACCCAACCGAAGGGCAAGAUGGAAAUCUACAGUAUACCUCAGUCUUUGCCUGGACACCCGGACUGCAGCACUAUACAAAUCAUCUACAAUAUCCCACCCGGACUACAGGGUCCUGAGCAUCCAAACCCAGGACAGCCAUACACAUGCAGAGGAUUCCCUCGAUUCUGUUUCCUUCCCGACAACGACAAAGGCAGAAAGGUGCUGGAGCUGCUGAAAGUGGCGUGGACGCGCCGCCUCAUCUUCACCGUGGGCAUCUCCAGCACCACGGGGGAACCGGACACCGUGAUAUGGAACGAGAUCCACCACAAGACGGAGAUGAUGUCCAACGUCUCCGGCCACGGCUAUCCGGAUCCCAACUACCUGGACAAUGUGCUCUCUGAACUGGCUUCGCAGGGCGUGACGGAGGAUUGCCUUAAACGAGACAGUCGAGGUGCUCAAGGUUCGGGGAUGUGAACGUACUUCACCCUUCACCAAACUUGAUUAAAAGGGAAACUGGAGUUACGCCGUUCAGCGGAGGUUUGCUGUGUCUGUCGUGUGGGCAAUGAAUGCAGUCAUGACACAUCCCUCAUUCAUUUCUUACUGUACGGUUGAGUCUGGAGUGUUAAUGGAGACACGGGCUUUGUGGUCAUUUUAACCUGCGCCGUAUGGUGAGGCAGCAGCUGGCUUGCGGUUUUGGAAGAGGCCGUGCCGUGUCUGUGCUUCGCAGAUAACAGCUCGUGUUGGUGGUGUAGACCGUUGAGGGGGACGUCUCGUCAGUCAUGUGCAUCUCAACACACGAUUCACUUCUGGAUAGACGUCCUUCCUGAUUGAAUAAAUGACAGCAACUGUGACAGUGGUCAUGAUACUAUUGCUGGGGAUCUGGCACAUUGCAAAGCAUUUGCUUAGAAAGGUAUAGAGUUUUUAUUGCACGUCAAUGCAAAUCAUACAUCUUUACUAGUACUGUAAAACGUACUGAUUCAGAAAUGAAAGGCACUUUUACAGAAUCUGCAUCUUUGAUUCAUAUUGUUUUACAGGUGUGAUAGAUUUCACUUGCUGCUAUUGUUUGUUUAAAUAAUCACAAAAGAUUUCCGAUUUUUUGGAUUCGGUUACAUCCACCUAUUUGGUUUUCUAUUGGAAUGAUUGAUUUUUGUUUUUCUUUAUAACCCAUGUGGUGAAUGAAUUUUAUCUAUAUUUAAAAAAGCAAGAACAUUCGCCAACACUAUGGAGUUGUAACGUGACGAUGUGUUAAUUCUUGUUUAAAUCGCAGUUUUAGCUCUUGAAAUUAGGUGUAGAAGUGCGAUUCCACAGCAUUCUUUUUGGGGUGACAAUCAGCAGUGACAUUGAGCUCCAUUAUUCACGAGUCUGGAGACAUUCGUUCAUCUCAUUAAUCAAUACGGGAUGUUUGAGUUUUACAAUGUAUGCAACUGUAUAUAGAAAUAUAUAUUCAACUUCUAAUCGGCAAUAAACAUGAACAAACUCCAUACA